AUGCAUCAUAUCAAUUACAGUGCUCUUUACGCUGAUCAUUUUGAUCCCAUUUUCAUGGAUGACUUCUUUGAUGCACUAGUAAAGCUCUUUUUAAAUUGUCAAUUAUUCUUGGUGGACGCUGGAGUUCGUGAUCUACGUCUUUUACUUUUGUAUAUUUUCUGGUUUUGGAAUCAACUGACUUCCGCAAUCAUCUCAUGA